AUUCCUGGACACAAGGUUACAGGACAUUUCUCAAAGUGGUUUGAACACUGACUCUGUUUCAUUUUCAAGAAGUAGCUCCUCCCACUGCUCGUAGGAUGUCCUUCGGAAAGAGUGUCAGCUAGCAAAGACAAUGUUUCUCAUCUAGCUACUCACUGGCUUGUUCUAAGGUGUUUUUAAAGCUGGGAAAGACCACACACCUUCCAACUGGAAUUUGAGAGAGACCUAGGAGGAGAGAGUGUGGCUUAAUGAAUAGACCUGAAGGUUUGGUGAACGUCUUACACACUGGCUCCUGUCUAUACACAGUGGUGGUCAUGGGGGUGGAAUGGCUGGAGGAGAUGGAGUUGCGAGAGGUCUGAGGGGCCAUCAACUACCCUGACCUUCCUCCAGGGAAACCCUCAAGCAGAGGAGAAGGAGAAAGAUUGUGGAGAGAAGGAAAGCAGAAGUUUCCAUUUGUGCCCAAUGGGUUUGUUUUUUUUUUUUUUAUCUGUUUGCAAAUGUUCAGUGUAAUGGUUUGAAACCCAGCCGUGAGCUGCCGCCGCCCACACAAAGCUGCCGUGGUGCCGAGCUCCGGCAGGCAAGCCAUCUCCCCUGUGUCGGCCAUUACCCCGAACCCACACCAGGGCAGGCUGCUCACUACCCCCAGGGUGUCCCUCUGCCACCCCCCCACCGCCUCGGCACCCCCGACUCCCACCACCCUCCACACACACACCAUCCUUCUUUUUUUAAAUCUCCAGCACUCGGGUUUUCUCUAGAGGAGGCACAAAGAGAGAGCACAGAUGGGACGAGCAGGCAGAACGCUCCUGCCUCAUCGGAGCCACCAGCUUUCAGGAGAGCGCGGCAGCCCCCCCCUGCCUGUGGACUGACCACUGAAAGGUUGACAUAAUCCUGGACUACACAAAUGAUGAGGAAUGGAGACUUCAGAACCUACUCACCCUCCCCCGUCGUCCACGGAUCAGCAAGCCUCUGUACCUGGCAUUCCAGGGGGCCCAGGUGGGCAGGCCUCACCUCGCCUGACCCUGGGACCUGUCAUCCUGCCACCGGAGCAGGGCCUGGCCCCAACUGUGUUCUUGAAGGCCUGGCCUGUCCCAUUAUACCACACGGUACCUCCCGGGGGGCUCCAGCCACGUGCACCCCUGGUAACAGGCAGCCUGGAGGGGGCUAGCGUACCCUUCAUCCUCAGUCCCUUGCUGCAGCCUGAAGGGCCCAGUGCCACCCAGGUGGGCAAGCCAGCUACCCCAGCUCUGACUGUGAACAUCGUAGGCACACUGCCUGUACUCUCCCCAGGUGUGGGGUCCGCACUGGUCAGCACAGGCAGGGUAAAGAGUACUGGUAAGUACCUGUGCCCACACUGUGGCCGGGACUGCUUGAAGCCCAGUGUGCUGGAGAAACACAUCCGGUCCCACACAGGCGAGAGGCCCUUCCCGUGCCCCACCUGCGGCAUCGCCUUUAAGACCCAGAGCAACCUGUAUAAACACAGGCGGACACAAACACAUCUCAACAACUCCCGCUUGUCCUUGGAGUCUGAGGGGAGUGGGAGCAGCCUUCUGGAGGAGGGAGACAGGCCCGGAGAGACUGCCUCAGUGGAUAGUCGUGGAGAUGAAGGAGCUCCAGAGAGAGCCCUUUCUCCAAGUGUCCACCCUACCCUUGCUGCUCAGAACAGGGAAAGGAAGGUGGACUCUCUCGGGGCCACCCUUUCUCACAGGGAGGCCUCUGUGGAUCAGACCCAGAUGGUAUCACCUGAGUUUCCACUAGCCAGCCCACAGCCUAGGCGGAAGCUGCCAGAACCAAAGCCAGGCUUCCUGCAGCGACAGCAGGAGACCUGUUCAGAGAAGCCUUGGGACCCCAGGGCCUUGGAGGGCCAGCUGAGGAAGUGUGAGAGCACAGACUCUGGCUACCUGUCACGCUCAGACAGUGUGGAGCAGCCCCCUGUUGCCUCUAGCCCCUUGCAUAGCCUAUCGGAGCACAGCGCGGAGUCGGAGGGGGAAGGAGGCCCUGGCUGUUCCUCCUCGGGCAACAGGGCGGAACAGGGAACACCAGGACCCAGCCUGGAGAUAGAGAAGAAGAAGCUGGAGGAACGAAUUGCCCUGCUCAUCUCUCACAACCAGGCAGUAGUGGACGACCCACAGUUGGACCAUGUGCGGCCCCGCAAGACUGUGCUAUCUAAGCAGGGCAGCAUCGACUUGCCCAUGCCAUAUACAUACAAGGAUUCCUUCCACUUUGACAUCCGGGCGCUGGAGCCCAGCCGCAGAAGGGUUGCCCUCAGUCCGGCCCUCUCCACCUUCACACCCCUGGAAAAGGCCAGGCCUCUUUUUUUCCACUCAGUCCCCACGCAGCUCUCCACCACAGUGGAGUGUGUCCCUGUCACCAGAAGCAACUCGCUGCCUUUCGUCGAGGGUUCUAAGUUGUGGCCAGAGCCACCACGGGACUCACAGGACGCUGUUCCAGGGGUGCAGAAGGCCCUGAGCCCCAGGCUCACCUCAGCCCGGCUGGGGUGCCGCCCAGGACUGACCUUGGCAAGCAUCCCCAGUGGUCACCCCCGGGCCCUGGUGAGACAGGCUGCUGUGGAGGACCUGCCAUGUACGCCCACUGGAGACCCCUCCGCUGUAGCUGAGGACCCGGAUGGAAAGAGAGCUGUGGCAAAGGAAGGUGUGGCGUACAAGGGCAGAGCCAGUAAAAAGUGUAGCCAGAGGAAGCAAAGGAUGUUCUCCCAGGAGAAAUGGCAAGUAUAUGGAAAUGAGACCUUCAAGAGGAUAUACCAGAAAAUGAAGACCAACCACCAGGGAAGACAGAAACACAGAGAGGUGAAGCCGGCCCAAGGGACAGAACUGGGCCUUCCUCCUCCUCAGGAACAGAUAGGAGGGAGUGACGAUGCAGGCCUGUCUCAAGACAAUAGGAUCCCUAUCCUUGGAGACACUACAGCGGGGGCUAAGCCGGGGUCUUGGAGAAGUCGGCCGUCCCUGGAAGACUCACUGGAGGCUGAGUCUCUUAAGCAGCUGAAGGCGGUGGCCAGAGUCAAGUCAUCUCCUACCCUUGGCAGCACAGAUGGCCUCUGCUUGAGUGGCAAGAGCCCUUUGCUCUCUCCAAGUGGGAAAUUGGACCUGGGACACCAGCUGCCUCCAAUGCCUGGGCCUUGCCAAGGAAGAGACUUAGAAGCUCCUGAGACAGCUUCACCAGACCCAAGUGGUGAGGUUAUAAAAGAAACCAGCCCUGGGGUCCAAACUGUCCUCAGGCGGUCCAGUGGUGGGUCUGUGGCUCCACAGCUUGCAGAAGACAAGUUACCCUCAGAGAGAAAGAGACUGAAGGUGGAGGGGCUGGACCAUCAGGAGCAGCCAGGGCCUCUGGAAACUGAGACCUCAGGAGGCUCUGUGCAGGCUGACCCCCAGCCAUCCCAGAAACAGGACAGUGACCCUCGGGAAGUGCUGGGUUGCUCAAAUAAGAGUAUCCUGCAUGUGUCCACAGCCCCAGAGCCCUCAGAUGUCUCUUCAGCUGCUUCUGCUGUUGCCCUGAGAUGUUUAGGGCUAGAAGACCAGGAUUCCCUAUUGCCUUCUGUAUCCAGGACUCCUGGACUUCAUUCCCUGCUGCCUGCCCAGCUCCAGGAUCCUGGUGUCCCUACUGCUCAGUCAGGUGUAUCCUUUGCUCCCAAGUACCUCCUCAGGUUACCUCAAGGAGAAAACCCCUUAUCUCUGGUUGCUCCAGGGUCUGGAAAAGGCUCAGACUCUCUGUGUACAAGUACACAGCCUGUAGAACAGGCCCUUCUUGUUGGAUCAGAACUGGGAAUGCUCCAGCCACCUGGAGCAUAUUCAGGCUCAGGUGAGGCAGGGGGCAGCCCUAAGGACCCUAGCUGGUCCAAGUCAAGGGAUGAAAAAGAAGAGGCACAGACAGGAAGAGAGAAAAGAGACAGGACCAGCGACAGCAUCCGAGGGACUAGACGCUCUCCUGACCCCAGAACCAGCACCAUCCAGGAGAUAGCCUCCAUUCUGUCUACCCACACCUGUGACAUUCACGUGGCCCAGGGGGUAGUGAGUAAGGCCCAUGCCAUUCCUUGCCUCUGCACAGACAGCCCGCCAGCAAGAGCUAGGACAUGUGGGAAUCUCUUAAACCCUUGGACACCAUCUCAGAAGCUGGGGACGCCUCCUAAGAAUGCCGCAGAAGGUCCUCCUUUAGAAACCAAGGAAGGGCUGCCCACCUGCUUUCUAUCCCAAGCAUACUAUUUCCUUACAACUUUCACAAAGCCCCAGGCUAUUUCCCUGAACCAGCAGAAACUGGCCUUGUCACACAGCUUAGGAAACCCCAGGAGCGGUGAGGCCACAAGCUCCUUCCCGUCACUUAAGGCUGAGCCCCAGCUCACAUGGUGUUGCUUAAGUCGAAGCCUGCCCCUGCCUGCAGAGCAGCAGAGGGCAGCUCCUGGACACUUGGCUUCAUCCCUGCCUAAUAGAAACCUCCAGGGUGACAGUAACAAAACAUUGCCUGAGAGCAGUAGAGGAAGGACCCAGACGGGCCGAGGAGGAGAAGGAUCUACGCAGACACCUGAGCUUCCCUAUCCAACAGUCCCAGGGCUGAGGGCCGAGGACCAAGUGUCCAGGCCACGGUGGAGGAAAGAACUGUGGCGUAGGAGGGUGAAGACAUCUCGUGAGAAUGCCAAGCAGAAGAAAUUGAUGCUUCAAUCCAAGAGGUGUGAAGGGAGUUUCUGGCAGAGAGCCAAACGACUGUGCAAGCCACCCUGGUUGCCGAGAAGAAGCUGUCUCCCCCACCGACUUGAGGGGUUAGAGCCACGGGGGACCUUUGGGAGGAGUUCAGCAGAAGCGUCAGGUCUAAACGUACAAGGAGAGCCAUCUUGUGCCAGCAAAGACUUGUCUGUUGAUCGUAGGAACAAAGACGGGAAAGGUGACUGUAGUCAGACUUCAGGACCCACGUCUCCUGCUACAAACUCAAAAACCAUCUUGGAGACAGACAAAUCAACUCUAAAGGAUAUUUCUCCAGCUGCUGGUGAGCGCCAUGACUGUUCUCAGGAGAAGGAGCAUGCUGAUGGGUUUGGACUAUCUCUGCAAUCUAAUAUGCUCUUGGCAGGGUUUCAGGAAGAUCUGCCUCAGGGCAAAGGUCUUGGUGUUGAACCUCCAGGAGCUCAGCUGCUAUCUUCCCAGGAUCAAGUCUCCAUAGUUCCCAACUUGAGCUUCUCCUCAGAUGUUCCACAGCUGCCUUCUUCCUUUAGAUCUAAAGGAAUAUUUCCCCACCAUGACAUUGCUACCUCUGUGGCCGCUAUUUAUGUUUCUGAGGGGAUAGGAACAGGGCACAAAACACUGGGGCCUCACGGUACAGAGUCCUGUGCAGAGGAGCCUCUGGCACGAAACUCCCCAGACAGAAGAGCCACACCAGAUAGCAUACCACAGGUGCUCCUGCCAGGGAGGCCUUCGCCUGGUAAGCAAUCACCUGGGAAAACUCUAGAAAUACAACCUUCAGUACCGAAUUCAGUCGGUUCACACCAGGAGGAAGCAAGAGCCCAGGCAGAUUUUCCUUUAUGGGGCCAAUACGGAUGUGGGGAUCUGACCAUCCAGGGUGCUGCUUCAGGAAGCGAGAGUGGGACUUGUCAAGCUGAAGGGUUAAUUACCCCCAAGACUGUCACAGCUCCUUCUAACCAAGGACAACCCUCGGAAGUCCCGGAAGCCCGUUUGAGAUCCAUCCGAAAGAGGAGUUUGGAAGGAAUGAGGAAGCAGACACGGGUGGAGCUCAGCGACACCAGCAGUGAUGACGAAGACAGACUGGUCAUCGAGAUAUGAUGUGCUUCCAGAGAAAGAUGGUGGCAAUGGACAAGGCCUGGGGAUCUUCUGGGGUGAACAUUACCAAGUGUCAUGGGCACUGAACUUUAUUUAUAAAACAUCUAGAGACUAGGAAAGCCAUCUAUGAUUUCUUCAAGCCAACUCUAACCAACACCGUGCCCAGGUCCAGCCAUACCUUUCUUUAGCUUCUCUUAGGCAGACCUUGGACUCUUCUACGUCCAUCUAGAAGAGUCAAAAUGACCAAGAAGGGCCAUUGCAAGAGAAUCUGAAGUGCACAGCACCAACUUGGUGCUGUAAUCUUCAUUGCCUCAUACAGUACAAGGUCACUAAUCAGAAGAGCCAUAUGGGACUUUGUUCCUGAUCAGUGAGCCCCCACAGGGUCAACACACCUGACAUCACCACCACUAAGAGUGGCAAACACAUCCGGGGUCAUUUGAGUAGCUUGAGGGGGAAGGAUGGGGUUUGAGCUGGGCACCAAGAUGGCCCCAUGCACUUUGGAGACUAACUCCAUUCAAAAACUGGUCAGGGCCAGCCAUCCUCUUAACGAGUACUGUAAAUAUAUAUCACAAUGCCUACGGUCGUUUCAUAUGUGGCACAAAUGGUUGAUACUUGUUUCUGGUCCAAUAACACAAGCACGCGUGUUCCUUGUACCUGGUGCCUUUUCUGUGAGAACCCCCCAAAGCCUUGGGUUGUUUUUUUUUCUAUUCUAUUUUUUAGGUCUUGCAAAGGAACAUUGCAUUAAGUUAGUGAAGUAGUCACUGUAGUGAGUCAUUUUUAUUUUUGAGGGGAGAACUCGCAUAUUUUCCUCUGAUUCUUUUUGUCAUACUGGGCUCUGAGCAAUUUCAAUUAGUGGGUUACAUUUUAGUAAUCUGUGCAGCCUGAAUUGAUGAGGCCCAUGCCUCGUGAUGGAGCCGUUCUGACUUCCUCCAGAAGCUUCUAUGGCACAAAACUAAUUGGAGUUUUGACGCUGUCUUACAUCUUGGUAAUUUUAUUUUGGGGGCUUAGUGUUACUUUGCUGUCAAAUUAAAUCAGCCUUUGUAUUGUGAAUCUCAGAACAGCACAGAUCAAAUUCCCCAGCAUUCCAAGCCAGUGUGCCUCUGUGCGGAGGCAAGGUCUGCGUCAGCCAGCCCACUACGCAGGCCUCAGGUUCCCAGCCACCCUCUCCUUCCCGUUAAAUGGGAGAGGGAAACUUCAAGAAGUUUACACUGCUCAGUCCUCUACGAUUUUCUAUUUGCCGUGGUAUGAUUUUGUACAAUUUGUGAUUUCUAGCAGAACUGUUGGCUUAACGCCGAGGUAGUGGUGGUCACGUGACAUCUCGUGCUCCCAAGCAAGGCAGCCAGAAGCACCGGCCUCACACGCGCACGCGCAAACAUACUUCUAAAAGUCCUUAUCUGUGAAGAAGUACGGUCCGUUUUCAAAUAUUUUCACGUGACCCUUCCAGUUUUGCUGCUAUUCACAGAGAACUUCAAAUGCAAGAACAGCUUCUCAUUAUUUAGUGUAUGUCUGUGGUCGUCACACAUGUUCAGAAAUAUCUCAUCAAUCAAAUCCCAGCCAACGGCACAGAGGAGCUGAAAAGAGUUAGAUAUCACCUCUCUAUGCUGCUGCUGCUGCUGCUGCUCCUCCUCCUCCCUCCUCCUCUUCCUCAUCCUCCUCUUCCUCCUCCUCCCAUUCUUCCUCUUCCUCUUCUUUUUCCUCCUUCUUAUUCUAAUUACUUUUAUUUUUUUACAGUCUAGUCAUUAUCCACCUUCAGGUCUGCACCUCCCCCCCCCCACCAGUUCCUCAUCCCAUUUUUCCUCCCCCUUUGUCUCCAAAAGGAUGUCCUCACCCCCCACCCCUCCCCACAACCUCCACCCUCUACCCCCAACUCCACCCACCCCACCUCCUGCCAGGCAUCCCCACUUCUUGGGGCCUUCUCUCACUGAGGCCAGACCAGGCAGUCCUCUGCUGUAUAUAUGUGUGUUAGGAGCUUGUUGCAGACAUGUGAUUGGCUGCCCUUUGGAUGACCCGUGCCUGAGAAAGGCACUGGAGGAAGAUAGCAGAGCCCCGUUGAAUGGCUGUCCCUAUGCGUGAGGCAUGUUGAGACCCAGACGGGGAGCUGAGUGCAUCCGUGGGACUGGAUCCUGGAGUGGCUGAUAGAGAAAGCAUGGUCUCUUUUACCUCUGUGUCCCCCACAGAAAACAUUGCCCCUGAGAAGUCAGGUAAGACGCUGAAGAACGUUCUGGGGAGCUGAUGCACAAAUACAGUUAGGAUACUACUGCUGUAUGGUAUGUGAGUUGAGGGAAGGGUCAUCUUAUACACCUCGCUGAAAUCCCUCAUUUGGGGUGCAGUUACCCACCUUAUAAAUCAGAAUUUAUAGAACAAACACCGUAACCCUGAGCGGAGGAGACCAUGUAUGAAGGUGGUGCUGACUCCUGUGUCUUAGGAGGUACCGGGCAGCAGGGCAGGACCACCUUCUGGUGGUUCUCAACCUGUGGGUCAUGACCCCUGUGGAGGUCAAAUGAUCCUUUCAAAGGAGUCGCCUAAGACUGUUUACAGUCUGAUUCAUAACCGUAUCGAAAUUAUGGUAAUGAAGUAGCAACGAAAAUAAUUUUACGGUCAGAGGUCAUCACAACACGAGAAACCACAUUAAAGGGUCCCGGCAUUAGGGAGGUUGAGAACCGUUGUCCUAGAUCCUUAUUUCCAGAGGAAAACUGAGUCUAAGAGGGUCACUGGGCCCACGUCAUAAUCAUAGUUCCGAAAAGCUCACCUGGAACUCUGCCUCUUCUGAGCCACCUUAGCUGGCUGCCACCCCCAAGGCUGGAUCCCAUGUAGCAGAAUAUCGAUCCCAUCUCUUUAAACCCUCCUAUCUUUUACAAACCAGGGAACUUGCCAGACCCACGCGUUCACCUGCUCACACAGUGCCAGUCUUCCCAGGGGUCAUUUACUUUAAAUCAACACGGGUUUGUGAACCCUGUAUUUCAAUAUAAUUUUUAAAAAGUCGAACACUUAUUGUAAAUGACCUAGGUUGGAGCUCGCUGCUGAGAAACAUCCUAAAGUAAAAUUUUUUGGGGGUGCAGGGGUUGGUUUGGUUUUAAUGGGGAGCCCUUUUGAUAAUGUACCAAACAGUUACUGAUUUUUAUAAGUCUAAUUUUCUUAGGGCAAAAUACAAUUAUAAGAAAAUUACAAGAAAACUUUCACCCAUAAAACCCCAAACUCGGCUCAGGUUAUUAAAAUAAAAUUCCAGUAUCAGCAGCCGACUGUUGCUGUGGCUUGACAAGAGUACAAGUUGGGCAACCACACGAUGGAUCAGGAAACACAUCCAUUUUUUGGCGUUGGAGAUAUAGCUCAGUGGUCUAGUGCUUGCCUGGCAUGCAUGAAGCUCAGGAUUCAGUCCCCAGCACUGCACGUAAGAAGCAUGUUAGGACAAGGCCAGCUCACUGUUAGCCAGUGCUGUUACUCUUCUGUAUCUUCAUGCCUAAGUCCUGAGUAAGCGGUGCCUUCACUUCCUCCAUGGAGAUGAGCACCAGGGCUGCCAGCAUGGACUGAGAGAAAGAGGGCUUUGGAUUCUUUGCCCUGUGAGUGCCACUGCUCAUGGUGUCUGAUGCUGGCUACCGACUGUCCUGAACAUUGUGCCUGGCCACAUUUGGAGAUGCGUGAGAGGAACAGGGUCUCACCUCUCCCCUUGGCUAACUCUUAAAGCUUUGUGAGUUCCCGUGGCUGGUCUGACCCUCCUUGUUGUGAGGUGCUGUGGGAACUGCUUUUCCCUCCCUUAGGACUAAGCUUGGCACCUUAGAGGAAGCUAAGUGGUGCACAGCUCUCAGCCUGUGAUAUAUUUGCAGGGUGGUGGAGGGGGGGAGUGCCGAGAGAGCUAGGGAGGGAGAGGUGGGGGAGGGGGAGAGAGGUAGAAGAGGGAAAGAAAGAGAAGGAUGGGUGAGAAAGAGAGAGGUUGGGGAGGGAAAGAGGGACUGAAAAGGGAGGAGGAAUGAGGGGAGGGAGGGAGAGAAGGAAGAGAGAUAAACAGAUAGACAGAUCUUCUGGAUUCUAACAAAAGUGUAGCUGACGACUUGGAGAAUAACUUAGAAGAGACCGGAACUUCCCUUUUCUAAAUGCUACCUUAUAAAGCUGGGAUCUGAAGUCUUAGUCUUGCACCAGUACAGUGUGAACACUGUCCUCAGCAUGGAAGAUAAAGGAUUCCCAGUUUCAUGCCAAAACUGUAUCUCGGCAUUCACGUCCAUUCCUCAAUAGUCAUUUCUCUCCCAGCACAGGAAUUUGCAUUUUGCACAAAAUUUACCUGGAACAGCAGAUUUUUAGAGUUACAGGAUGUGGGGCUGCUCAGAUCCCUAGCAGGGGCGUGGGGAUUGGCCCACCUGGCUCGGAACUAUCAAAUUCCUACAACUGCAAUAUGGGGGUCUGUGUGUUUUUCUCUACUCCAGUUAGAUCCCAGUUCAAGAAGCAUUGGCUUUGGAAACACUACAUUUGUCUGUCUCUUUCAAAACUCAUCGCAUACAGGUGUCAGGAUGUAGAAAGGUGUUGAGCGCUAAACUUCAACCCUUGUGUGCGUCUUCUCCACACUUGGCAUGGAUGUGGUAAUUGCACAGUGUGGUCUGAAGGGUCACAGGAACAUGUGUCACCAUGGGGAGAAGAGGAGUCAGGAAAAAAAUCAGACCUGUCCGCUGGGAGCACCGGAGAGUGGCUCACUUGCUUUCUGUGCACACACAAUCCCCUUGUUCAUGGUGGGGGAACACUUGGCUUUUUGGUGAUGAAUAUCCCACACUUCUUUCUGUGGUUAAAUUAGUUUGUUUUGAUAAAAAUAAAACUUAAAA